AUGGAAAAACAACACUUGAAAUCUCAAAUUGCGGCAUUACGCGUGCCGACUUUCAAUAUUGCUUGGCCUGAACGGCGCUCGCCUAAAGCGGACGUCGUUGAAGAGAGGAUGAUGAAGUGGGCUGACCACCAUAAGCUGCUGGUGAAUGGCGAAUAUCGCGAUCGUGUGAUACGCACCCGUUACGGCUUGCUCGCGGCGCGAUGCUACCCGAACGCUGGAGAAGAAUUACUCCAAGCAAUUGCGGACUACUUUGUCUGGUUCUUUCUCGCCGACGACUUGUUUGUUGAUCGUGUUGAGGUAGUUACGGACGAAACUAUACGUAAUUUGACGGCCAUGAUCGAUGUUCUUGAUCGCAACGUUGCUAGAGAAGAACCGGUAUUUGGUGAACUUGCGUGGCUCGACGUUUGUCAGAGGCUGCGAGAUCUACUGCAACCCGAAGCCUUCCAGCGCUUCGCCCAAGGAAUGCGGCUAUGGGCAACGACUGCUGCCCUCCAGAUCCUCAACCAUCAGCGACCCAAGUCUGUCGGCAUACGCGAGUACGAAGCCAUCCGUCGUCAUACAAGUGGACUGAACCCCUGUACUUCUCUAGCAGAUGCCGCCAACAAGGGCUCGGUUCAAGCUCACGAGUUCUAUCAGCCAGAUGUGCAGAAACUUGUGCUUCAAACCAACAACAUUGUCUGCUGGGCCAAUGACAUUCAAAGCCUAGGUAUGGAAAUUCAGCAGCCGGGUCAAUUUAGGAAUAUGGUCACAAUCUACAUUCAGCAGGGUCAAUCUUUAUCGGAGGCUGUGUCGACUACAACUGCUCGCGUGAACAACGAGCUUUCUGACUUUUGCAAGUUGGCGGAUAUUGUUACAGCUCCGUCUAUAAGUGAUGAACUACGAGUUUAUGUUGACGGACUUAAGUACUGGAUACGGGGCUACAUGGAUUGGGUCGUGCACGAUACGGAGCGAUAUGCGGACAAAUUUAUCGCGAGCGACGCUGAUGAUCGCUGCGUUUCAACAUUAAACCCCUCGCUACUGAACAGAAGUUCCUCGUCCGCGACUGAGUGA